UACACACAGUGCCGCUGCUCGCACACUGUCCGGCCACUUGGAAAUUUCCCUCAACGCGGAGGAUAUUUUGCUGCCGAGGAGCGGGACUGUCGGCUAAUGUGCAUCUUCUCCGGGCUGACUCGCCUGAAAUGCCCCAGUAGAGGAGCUGAAGCUGUGAAGAUCAGCAGACAUCCAAGGCCGCAUUUCACUCAGCAUUCAGGUGUAGCUGCAGCCCCCGCCCACACCGCCUGCCAAGAUGGUGGUGUUGUCGCUGAAAAUCUGCAUUCGCCAGUGCAAUGUUGUGAAGACCAUGCAGUUCGAGCCCUCCACGGCAGUCUAUGAUGCCUGUAGGAUAAUCAGAGAGAGGGUCCCUGAGGCUCAGACCGGACAGGCUUCAGACUAUGGUCUGUUUCUGUCAGAUGAAGACCCCAGGAAAGGCAUCUGGCUGGAGUCUGGAAGGACACUGGACUACUACAUGCUCCGCAAUGGGGACAUCAAGGAAGUUUUAAAAAAGAAGAGAGGCCAGAAAAUAAUGUUGGAUGGAGGCUGUUAAACCAUCAUGGUGGAGCCAAAAGCAGUGGGAGAGCUGCUUGUGACUAUAUGCAAGUAGAAUGGAAUACUCUGCUUGAUCCGGAAGCAGUGAGGAAAAAGAAGGAGGGAUGGGUGGGGCACGUUGAAGAAAGACAGACGCUGCUGCGAGACCGAGAGAAAAAUGAAGCUGAAAGCCAACGUAACCGACGAUGAUUUGAACUGGCUGGACCACAGCAGAACGUUCAGAGAGCAGGGGGUGGACGAGAACGAGACUCUUCUGCUCAGGCGCAAGUUCUUCUACUCCGACCAGAACGUGGACUCCCGAGACCCUGUCCAGCUCAAUCUGCUUUACGUACAGGCUCGAGAUGACAUCCUAAACGGUUCUCACCCCGUAUCUUUUGACAAGGCCUGCGAGUUCGGAGGCAUCCAGGCCCAGAUCCAGUUUGGACCUUACAUAGAGCAUAAACACAAACCUGGAUUCUUAGACCUGAAGGAGUUUCUACCCAAAGAAUACAUAAAGCAGAGAGGAGCUGAGAAGAAAAUAUUCCAGGAUCACAAAAACUGUGGAGAGAUGACAGAGAUUGAAGCAAAAGUGAAAUACGUCAAACUGGCACGGUCUCUGCGGACAUAUGGCGUCUCCUUCUUCCUGGUCAAGGAAAAGAUGAAGAGUAAGAACAAGUUGGUGCCACGGCUCCUGGGAAUCACCAAAGAGUCUGUGAUGAGAGUGGACGAGAGGACCAAAGAUGUGGUUCAGGAGUGGCCACUUACCACUGUGAAGAGGUGGGCAGCAUCACCCAAGAGCUUCACCCUGGACUUUGGGGAGUACCAGGAGAGCUACUACUCGGUGCAGACCACUGAAGGGGAACAGAUCUCUCAGCUCAUUGCUGGUUACAUCGACAUUAUCCUCAAAAAGAAGCAAAGCAAAGACCGUUUUGGACUAGAAGGUGAUGAGGAGUCCACCAUGCUUGAGGAAUCCGUAUCCCCGAAAAAGUCCACCAUCCUUCAGCAGCAGUUUAAUCGUGUAGGCCGGGUGGAGCAUGGCUCAGUGGCGCUGCCUGGGGUGAUCCGCUCCGGCUCCAUUGGCACCGAGUCGCUCAGCAUGGGCACCAUGCCAUCUGCUCAACAGCAGAUCACAAUGGGUCAGAUGCACCGUGGACACAUGCCACCACUGAGUUCAGCCCAGCAGGCUCUGAUGGGAACCAUCAACACCAGUAUGCAAGCAGUGCAGAAGGCCCAGAUUGAUCUAGGGGAGGUCGACAACCUGCCACCACUGGGACAGGACAUGGCAUCCAAGGUGUGGAUCCAGAACAAGAUGGACGAGUCAAAACACGAGAUCCACUCCCAGGUCGACGCCAUCACUGCAGGAACAGCCUCUGUUGUCAACCUCACAGCUGGCGAUCCAACUGACACAGACUACACCGCAGUGGGUUGCGCCAUCACCACCAUCUCCUCCAACCUGACAGAAAUGUCAAAGGGUGUGAAGCUGUUGGCUGCGCUGAUGGAGGAUGAUGUUGGCGGAGGUAAUGAUCUGAUGAGGGCUGCCCGGACACUAGCCGGGGCCGUGUCUGACCUGCUGAAGGCCGUGGAGCCGGCUUCUGGAGAGCCCCGACAGACUGUGCUGACAGCAGCAGGCAGCAUCGGCCAGGCCAGUGGAGACCUUCUGCGCCAGAUUGGAGAGAGCGAGACAGACGAGAGGUUCCAGGAUAUCCUGAUGAAUUUGGCUAAAGCAGUGGCCAAUGCUGCCGCCAUGUUGGUGCUGAAGGCCAAGAAUGUGGCCCAGGUUGCAGAGGACCCCGUGCUUCAGAACCGAGUCAUUGCUGCUGCCACCCAGUGUGCCCUGUCCACCUCCCAGUUGGUAGCAUGUGCCAAGGUGGUAAGUCCCACCAUCAGUUCACCGGUUUGCCAGGAGCAGUUAAUUGAAGCCGGGAAGCUGGUGGACCGCUCGGUGGAAAGCUGCGUCCAGGCUUGCCUCUCAGCCACAGAAGAUGGCGAGCUCCUCAAACAGGUGAGUGCAGCCGCCAGCGUGGUGAGUCAGGCUCUGGGAGAUCUCCUGCAACAUGUUCGUCAGUACACCUCAAGGGGAGAGCCUAUCGGGCGCUAUGACCAGGCUACAGACACCAUUAUGACUGUCACUGAGAGUAUCUUCAGCUCGAUGGGAGACGCAGGAGAGAUGGUUCGUCAGGCUCGGGUGUUGGCUCAGGCCACCUCAGACCUGGUGAAUGCCAUGAGGUCGGAUGCAGAGGCAGAGGUGGACGUUGACAAUUCUAAGAAGUUGCUGGCAGCUGCUAAAUUGCUGGCCGACGCCACCGCGAGGAUGGUAGAGGCAGCGAAGAGGACCAGCAGCAAAGACUGAGGGAGGCUGCGGAGGGCCUGCGUGUCGCCACCAACGCUGCUGCUCAGAAUGCUAUUAAGAAGAAACUGAUUAACAGACUGGAGAAUGCUGCCAAGCAGGCUGCCGCUGCAGCCACGCAGACCAUCGCUGCUGCUCAAAAUGCUGCUGCCUCCAACAAGAACACUGCUGCUCACCAGCAGCUGGUGCAGAGCUGUAAGGCAGUGGCAGACCACAUCCCACAACUCGUCCAGGGGGUGCGUGGCAGCCAAGCCAAACCAGAGGACCUUAGUGCUCAACUAGCACUUAUCAUUGCCAGCCAGAACUUCCUACAGCCUGGUAGUAAGAUGGUGACCUCGGCCAAGUCAUCUGUUCCCACGGUGACAGAUCAGGCUGCAGCCAUGCAACUGGGUCAGUGUGCCAAGAACCUGGCCACAUGCCUGGCUGAGCUGAGGACGUCUGCACAGAAGGCUCAUGAAGCCUGCGGCCCCAUGGAGAUUGACUCUGCGCUGACUGCCAUUCAGACCCUGAGAAGUGAGCUGCAAGAUGCCAAGCUGGCUGCUGUUAAUGCCCAGCUGAAACCACUACCCGGGGAAUCGUUGGAGAAGUGUGCUCAGGAUCUGGGCAGCACCUCUAAGUCAGUGGGAUCCUCCAUGGCUCAGCUGCUCACGUGCGCUGCUCAAGGAAAUGAACACUACACAGGAAUAGCAGCCAGGGAGACGGCUCAGGCCCUCAAAACACUGGCACAAGCGGCCCGCGGUGUCGCUGCCUCCACUACGGACCCCAAGGCUGCUGCUGCCAUGCUGGACUCAGCUCGUGAUGUUAUGGAGGGCUCAGCACUUCUCAUUCAUGAGGCCAAGCAGGCAUUGAUUUCCCCCGGAGACGCUGAGAGUCAGCAGAGGCUGGCGCAGGUGGCCAAGGCUGUGUCUCACUCCCUGAAUAACUGCGUCAACUGUCUGCCAGGCCAGAAGGAUGUGGACAUGGCUCUCAAGUGCAUUGGGGAGGCCAGCAAGAAGCUGCUGAUUGAAACUAUCCCACCAGCCUCCAAGUCCUUUCAGGAGGCCCAGAGCGAGCUGAACCAAACAGCAGCAGACCUGAACCAGUCAGCGGGCGAGGUGGUCCAUGCUUCCAGAGGCUCCAGCAGCCAGCUGGCGGUGGCCUCCGGAAAGUUCAGCCAAGAUUUUGAUGAGUUCCUGGAUGCUGGUAUCGAGAUGGCUGGCCACACUCAGAAAAAGGAUGACCAGGUGCAGGUGAUUGGGAACCUGAAGAACAUCUCCAUGGCUUCUAGCAAACUGCUGCUUGCAGCUAAGAGUCUGUCUGUAGACCCCGCAGCAGCAAAUGCCAAGAACCUGCUGGCUGCUGCUGCAAGAGCAGUGACUGACAGCAUCAACCAGCUGAUCACACUGUGUACACAGCAGGCUCCUGGCCAGAAGGAGUGUGACAAUGCCCUGAGAGAGCUGGAGGCUGUCAGAGGAAUGCUGGACAAUCCCAACGAGCCAGUCAGUGACCUCUCCUACUUUGACUGCAUCGAGCUGAUUUCCAUCCUGGGAGAGUCUAUGGCAGGUAUUUCUCAGAACUGCAAAACUGGGGAUGUAACCGUAUUUGGAGACUGCGUAGGAUCAGCCUCAAAAGCCUUGUGUGGCCUCACGGAAGCUGCAGGACAGUCCUCCUACCUGGUGGGUGUGUCUGAUCCCAACAGUCAGGCGGGGCACCAGGGGUUGGUGGAUCCUAUUCAGUUUGCCAAAGCCAACCAGGCAAUCCAGAUGGCCUGUCAGAAUCUUGUAGACCCAGACAGUAGUCCCUCCCAGGUGCUCUCUGCAGCCACCAUUGUUGCUAAGCACACCUCGGCACUGUGCAACGCCUGCCGUCUGGCCUCCUCCAAGACAACGAACCCAGUUGCCAAGAGGCACUUUGUCCAGUCUGCCAAGGAGGUGGCCAACAGCACCGCCAACUUGGUCAAAACCAUCAAGGCUUUAGAUGGAGACUUCUCGGAGGAGAACAGGAACAAGUGUCGGGUCGCCACAGCUCCCCUAAUCGAGGCUGUGGAAAACCUGACAACGUUUGCUUCCAACCCAGAGUUUGCCAGCAUCCCAGCUCAAAUCAGCCACGAGGGCUCUGCGGCACAGGAGCCCAUCCUCCACUCGGCACGCUCCAUGCUUGACAGCUCCACCCACCUUCUCAAGACUGCACGCUCAUUGGUUAUUAACCCCAAAGACCCGCCCACCUGGUCUGUUCUGGCUGGUCACUCCCGCACAGUGUCCGACUCCAUCAAGAGUCUCAUCACAGCCAUCCGGGACAAGGCCCCCGGCCAGAGGGAGUGCGACUCUUCAAUUGAUAACAUCAACAAAUGUAUCCGGGACAUUGAGCAGGCCUCUCUGGCAGCAGUCAGCCAGAACUUACCCAGCAGGGACGACAUCUCACUGGAGGCACUACAAGAGCAGCUGACGUCCACUGUGCAGGAAAUUGGCCACUUAAUUGACCCCGUUUCCACCGCUGCCAGAGGCGAAGCUUCCCAACUAGGACACAAGGUGACCCAGUUGGCUCGUUACUUUGAGCCGCUGAUCAUGGCCUCUGUGGGUGUGGCAUCCAAGCUGAAGGACCACCAGCAGCAGAUGACUUUCUUGGACCAAACUAAGACUCUGGCUGAGUCUGCGCUGCAGAUGCUCUACGCUGCCAAGGAGGGUGGAGGAAACCCAAAGGCGUCCCAUACCCAUGAUGCCAUAGCAGAGGCAGCCCAGCUCAUGAAGGAGGCGGUUGACGAUAUCAUGGUGACCCUGAAUGAAGCUGCCAGUGAAGUGGGGAUGGUGGGAGGAAUGGUGGACUCCAUCGCAGAGGCCAUGGCCAAGCUGGAUGAAGGUACACCUCCUGAACCUGAGGGCUCAUUUGUGGAUUACCAGACCAGUAUGGUGAAACACUCUAAGGCCAUUGCUGUCACUGCUCAAGAAAUGAUGACCAAAUCGGUGACAUGUCCAGACGACCUGGGAGCUCUGGCUUCUCAGGUGACUGUGGACUACAGCCAGCUGGCCGUUCAGGGACGACUGGCUGCUCACACGGCUGAGCCAGAGGAGAUUGGUUUCCAGAUCAAGACUCGAGUGCAGGAGCUGGGACAUGGCUGCAUCUUCCUCGUCCAGAAAGCUGGAGCUCUGCAGAUCACUCCCUCUGAUGGUUUCACCAAACGGGAGCUCAUUGAUUGUGCCCGUGCGGUCACAGAGAAGGUGUCCUUAGUGCUCUCAGCACUCCAGGCAGGCAACAAGGGUACUCAGGCCUGCAUCACAGCAGCCAGCGCAGUGUCUGGCAUCAUCGCUGAUCUGGACACCACCAUCAUGUUCGCCUCCGCCGGUACACUCAACGCAGAAAAUGACGAGUCCUUUGCUGACCACAGGGAAAACAUUUUGAAGACGGCCAAAGCUCUGGUCGAGGACACAAAGAUGCUGGUGUCCGGUGCAGCUUCCGGUCAGGACAAGUUGGCUCAGGCCGCCCAGUCUUCGGCCAAAACCAUUACCCAGCUCACAGAUGUGGUCAAACUGGGAGCUGCCAGUAUUGGCUCUGAUGACCCUGAGACACAGGUGGUUCUGAUAAAUGCUGUCAAAGAUGUGGCCAAGGCGCUGGCUGAGCUCAUUAGUGCCACAAAGUGUGCUGCUGGCAAGGCAGCUGAUGAUCCAUCUAUGUACCAGCUAAAGAGCGCUGCCAAGGUGAUGGUGACCAACGUGACGUCCCUGCUAAAGACAGUCAAAGCCGUAGAGGAUGAGGCCACUCGGGGCACCAGAGCGCUGGAGGCCACAAUUGAGUGUAUCAAACAGGAAAUGUCGCUGUUUCAAUCCAGGGAUGCUCCCAACAAGACAACCACACCUGAGGAGUUCAUUCGCAUGACUAAGGGCAUCACCAUGGCAACUGCUAAAGCAGUGGCUGCAGGGAACUCUGCCCGGCAGGAGGACAUUAUCCAUACAGCCAACCUCAGCCGCAAGGCUAUUUCAGACAUGCUCACCACCUGCAAGCAAGCAGCCUACCAUCAAGAGGUCAGUGAAGAGGUGAAGAACAGAGCGCUGAUGUUCGGAUCAGAGUGUACAACUGGAUAUAUCGAUCUACUGGAACAAGUACUAUUGGUCCUGCAGAAGCCCACUGGAGAGCAGAAGCAGCAGCUGGCAGCUUGCUCCAAACGAGUGGCAGGAGCUGUCACAGAGCUCAUCCAGACCGCAGAGGCCAUGAAAGGUUCAGAGUGGGUGGACCCUGAGGAUCCAACAGUGAUUGCAGAAACGGAGCUGCUUGGAGCAGCGGCGUCCAUCGAAGCGGCAGCUAAGAAGCUGGAGCAGCUCAAACCCCGAGCCAAGCCCAAGCAAGCGGACGAGACACUGAACUUUGAGGAGCAGAUCCUGGAGGCAGCCAAGUCCAUCGCUGCUGCAACCAGCGCUUUGGUCAAAUCAGCCUCGGCUGCCCAAAGAGAACUGGUGGCUCAGGGCAAAGUGGGCCUCAUCCCCGCCAAUGCUGUGGACGAUGGACAGUGGUCCCAGGGGCUCAUCUCUGCUGCACGUAUGGUGGCAGCAGCGACCAGCAACCUCUGUGAGGCAGCCAACGCCUCUGUACAAGGCCACGCAAGUGAGGAGAAGCUCAUCUCUUCAGCCAAACAGGUGGCGGCCUCCACUGCCCAGCUGCUGGUAGCCUGUAAGGUGAAGGCUGACCAAGACUCUGAGGCCAUGAGGAGACUGCAGAUUGCUGGGAAUGCAGUAAAGAAGGCAUCAGACAACUUGGUGCGGGCGGCUCAGAAGGCAGCGUUUGACAAAGCAGAUGAUCAUAAUGUGGUGGUCAAGACAAAGUUUGUGGGUGGAAUAGCACAGAUCAUUGCAGCCCAGGAGGAGAUGCUGAGAAAGGAGCGAGAGCUGGAGGAAGCCAGGAAAAAACUGGCUCAGAUCAGACAGCAACAGUACAAGUUCCUGCCCAGCGAACUACGAGAGGACAACAACUAAUAAUUCAAACUCGCCAUCACUGCUGCAUACGCUUGAAACAGUGUGAAGAGCACAUCUGUGUUUGUGUGUGAGUUUGUGUGUGAAUUUCUGUCCUUUUUUAAAUGGCACACUUGAACAGGUAUGUGGUCUACAUGGACUUCAGAUAUGUAGUGACUGAUUUAACAAACCAGUAAGUAAAAGUCUGCAGUCCAUGUGACAUUGAAAGAUACUAAAGUCAACUACUAGCAAGUUUGAAAUACUACUGUGUGGAAUACUACUUCCUGAAAACAACAAAGAUUGUGGUGAAUCGACUGAAGAACUGCUUUUUGUCCUCAUGUAUAACAUAACUACUUUGACCAGAAUGUGACGUGCCUGGGACAAAUGGCACAGCUCAUAUGCUCUAAUGUUUGCCCAUAAGCUACAGUUUCUUUUUCCUUUUUUUUGUUUUACAAACUCAUGUUAUAUACAACUCUAGUUCAGACACUUCAUUGAAGAAUUGAUUGUAUUGCUGUUCAUGUGAUCCAGCCAUUUAACUGCAGCGUCGCAAAAAGAUUUCAGCUCAGAACUCUGAUAUUUGUACAAAUGUUGGCCUUAAUUCUACAAUUUGACACGUUUUUAAUAUCUGUUCAAAUUAUCUGGCAUGUCUUUAAUUCAGUGACCACCUUUAUAUGAAGGAAGGUAGGGUUUUUGCAUAUUGGUGUUUCUCGGACCAUUCUGUAAAGUUAAAUAAUGGACAGUUGUUUUUGGGAAUGUUCCCUUAAAGUAGACAGCGAUAUAAGCGUCUUUGCUUUCUUUCUUUUCUUUUUUUUUAAUGCUGAUGUUAAUGGGCUCUACGUGUCUUUUAAAGAUGCAACAAAUUAUACAUGUUUGUCUAAGCCCUUGAAUAUAGGUGUCAUUGUAUGCAUCCGCUAUGACUCAAGUAGAAAUGUUUUUCAUUAUGUUACCAUGUGAAUGCUUCUCUACACGGGACGACACAUUACCAUAGAGGGAAUAUUUAUUACUCACAAGUAUUUUUAGCAUAAAGACGUCUUUUGCGUGGCAGAAAUAGUCUUUACCACCGCUUAGCAGAGCCUGUGGUGGCUUUCAAUCAGACAUCCUCCCCAAUCCUUCAGACAUAUUUUUAUUCCUUAUCGUUUCAAGUAUUGAGACAUACGUACAGUAUAAGAUAAUUUGAUCAUGAUGCAAUAACAUUGAUGGUGCUUCAGGGGGCAGCAUUGGUUUCCCUUACACCGUGCAAACUUGUAUAGGAGAUGAUAUUGUAUACAAUAUGUGGUUAGAAUAAUUAGGCAGGUUGAUUGACUACAACAUCUUGCAUACCUUGAAACACCUCAGACCUCUUGAAUCCGUGCAGCACACCUUCUGUGCUUUGUGUGAUGGUUACUACUCUCUGCAGAUUUACUUUUGCCCUUUCAGUGUUAGAGACUGAUUAUAGUAAUUUUUCCAGCAUUACUCAAUCACUGCCAGGGACUUGAUUUGAGUCAGUUCACGUCCAAUUCUGUAAAUUAAGGAAGCAACAAAGUUCACAUUCUUGAAACAACUUAGCAAUAAGCUAAUUCUAACAAAUAAAACACAACAAGUACUGAUGUUAAAAUAAGUGAAUUGAAAGUGAAGUGACUGCAACGUAACUGCAGUUAAUGUAUUUUCUUCAUCAGUCUC